AUGGCGGCGUUGUCGUCGCAGCGCGAAGGCGGCGGCGCGAGUUCCCAGCGCGAGACGGUUCGUCUAUUCAGCGCGUGGUUCUGCCCGUUCGCGCAGCGCGCGUGGAUCGCGCUGGAGGCCAAGGGCGUCAAGUACGAGUACGUGGAGGUGGAUCCAUACGCCAAGCCAGCAGAGCUCAUGGCCGUGAACCCGCGUGGCCUCGUGCCGGCCCUGCUGCACAUCACACAGCACGGCGAGCAGCAGGGCGAGCAGCAGCAGCAGCAGCGGUGCCUGUACGAGUCGAGUGUGAUCAUGGAAUACAUUGACGAGGCCUUCCCACCUUCGCCUCUCGCUGCUGCUGCUGCUGCUGCUGCUCCCGGGAGCACGGGUGUGCAUCUGAUGCCACGGGAUGCGUAUGAGAGGGCGCAAGUGCGCAUGUGGAUGGACUUUGUCAAUCGCAAGAUCGUUCCCACCUUCUACCGCUAUCUCCAGAAGCAGAGCCGGGAGGAGCAGGAGGCAGAGAGGGCGGCGCUAAUCAGCUGCUACGAGCAGCUAGGAGCAGCCAUGGAGACCAUCAGCCCAGAAGGGUCUUUCUUUCUUGGCCAACAAUUCUCCCUCAUGGACAUCUCACUCGCGCCCUGGGUGCUACGUCACGACAUUCUCCGAUUCUACCGCAACUUCUCCCUCCCCUCGCACGACGAAGCCUCUCCUGCCCUCCGCCGUUUCUGGCUGUGGGAGACGGCGAUAGGAGCUCACCCAAGCGUGAGUGCCACUCUGGCGGACCGUGAUAGUUUGAGGGAGAUCUACAAGCGGUAUGCGGACAACACGGCGACGUCAGAGGUUGCUGUGGCUAUCAAUAAAGGCACUGCACUCCCAUGA